AUGAAACUCGCCUUUCCAGCCAUAUGGGCCACUUUGGGCGUUAUGUUCCUUACUAAUGCACGCGAAUCCCCACGUAACAUCUCGCUACCCAAUGUACCGUUAAUAUCCAACUUGGACUUCUCCCAAUUUCUCGUCCAGUCGGGGCAUGUCGAUCUGGUUCGUCCCGAACGCCAAAACGUGGGCGCCGAUAGUUUGCCUGCAUUGGGUGUCGAUACUGCCCCGAACAUCGAUAAAUUGUGGCAAGACGCGAUAUGCCGAGGAGAACGAUUCCUCCGACUCAUGUCGUACUCGGACUAUGAUGCAGGUCAGUCUAUGAACCCUCCUGCAAAUACAGCGCAGAGUCAAUGGUCACUUGAUGAUUUGGAGAAAUGGGGCUAUCGCAUAGACUCAGUCCCUGAGGCUAGCCGUGAUUUCGAACCGGGCGGCUAUUGGGGGAUCGGUCCGCAUCUUCGAAGGGCAUUGGUAUCCGAUAAGUGCAACGAGGAAGGUGGAUUGUGGACCGCGUCGCAGAUCAUGCACGACAAGGUUCACUUUCCAACCCCGGAACAGGAGUGGUAUCAAGGGCCAGAUGGCGGCUGGAGAAGGUCAACGGGCGCCAGAUUUACCAUGAUGGUGAACCCCCAGGGUGGCAUAAUAGCACAGUACCGCAAGGGUAUAGCGCCCGCCGCGAAAGAUCGAGUGCCACCCGUUGAGGACUAUCAACUCCCGCCUCUGGCAAAAUCGUCUGACAUGAUGUGGGCACUCUGGGAACGUGAUAUUCUCCCUGACUCACGGCGAAAAGUUCAGUUUUUCAUCUCCCUAUGCGUCACAAACGAAGAAACCACCAAGAUCAUCUAUCGUGCUCUGAGAGAGGUAGGACAACCGCUCUCGGGUACACCCUACAAAUUCGAGAUGACCACAGACCAAGGGAAGGCCGUUCUAGGCAGCCCUAACGCCGUCGGAUUUGCCCAUUUUCUCAUCCAGCAUAAGGGCCAGCUAGGGCUGAAGAGUAUUGCCAACGCAUAUGUGUUUUAUUCUCAAACUUGGCACGAAUGCCCAUGUCUGUUGCUCCAAGCUACCGUAGUUGCAACUCCGUCUCCACGACCGACUCCAACACCAGCUCCCGACCCUAACUCGCAAGAGCCGUUGGCAGCCAAAGUUAUUGCGCAGCUCGUUACACGAGAUGGGAAGCGUAGUGUGGUUAAGACCCAUACGCUUGCUUGA